AUGCCGGCGACGCCGCCGUCGGGGAACGAGCAAGCGCCGAGUGAGAGUGGCUCCGCGGAUUCGGCCAGUACGAGGGCCGAAGCCAAGAAACGGGAUGAGAAACCCCCGAAACCCCCACAGACGCUCGAUGAGGCUCGUUACGAGCUCAGCGUGGUGCAACCUUGGCGGGAGGCAAAGACCAUGAGGGUCGCCGAGCCGGGAUUCGUCGACCGCCACACCCUCCUCAAAGGCGCGACGCAGGGUGCACACGACAUGAAGGUGCGCCGCAUGCUGAAGGCCAUGGAUGCAGUGCGCCUUCUUCGCUCGAGCGACGGCGAUGCCGACACCGAAGCCGUCGUCGCUGCCUUGAACAAGAUCGCGGAGCCGGGCACAGGGACCUUCUGCGAUGCCCUCACGGUGCUCAAACAGGGAACCGCACCGACGAAGUCCAAGGAGCCUGGCAUGGGCGUCAAGGGGCUGGGCCCCAAGUCGGUCUCGAAGCUUCGUCUCGCCUGUGCGCUGGUGGCGGUCAACUUGAAGCCGAGCGCUUGGGUCGCCGUCCUGUUUCCAGACACAUGGGAGGAGCAGAUGCCGAAGAUCGUGGCCGAUAUGGCCAAGCAGACCGCACCUGUGCUGCGUCCUCCGACGAAGCGCAAGAAGGCGGCAUGA